UAGAUAUGAAGGGCUCAUUCUAAGCUCAACACAACAGUUAUUAGUUUCAGGUGUAUAUACAUUAAUGAAAACAUAGUAUUCCAUUUCUUCUAAUAGAUCCCCCAAAAUGUUACACACUGAUCCUUUAAGUAUCAUUUAAUCUAUUUAUUUUACAUGGCAGACCUUUGUGGAGUUUAAAAAAAAAAAAUACAUUCACCUUACAAUAAAUUGUCAUUAUAAAUAUUUUCAUAAUUCAAAGAGGAUGUUUACAUCUUGUGUGACACUGAAGGCAUCUCGACAGCAUUAUUAUUUUCAGCCCAUCUCUGGGGAAACUGAUUUGGAUUUGAUUUGGAAGUUUUCUCCGACGGCACCUGAAAGCAUCACAAAGCUUCAGCAGCACGCUCUGCUGCACGCACUCCUCUUCUCUCAUCACUCAACAACACACGAGACACUGUGGGCGCGAGGAGAGACAUAAGCGGACAGUGUGAGACAGAGACGGAAAGAGGAAACAAGCUGUCCAACGCAACCCAAGAGUCCAAAGAGCGCAGAGGACUGCUGGUGGGACUUUUUUUGUUGUUGUCAUUUUGGGGAUCCAUCCAGCUCACACAGGCAGGUUCUGUCAGAAGUGGACUUUUUGUUUGUUUGUUGGACAUCUGUGGAAGAGACAGGCUGGAUGAUGGACCCGCUGCUGCAGCCCGCAGACACGGAGGAAGACAAGGAUGCGAGGAGGAAGAUCCAGUUCUCUGUGCCCUCAGCAGUGCCCACCCAGCUGGACCCACGACAGGUGGAGAUGAUUCGCCGCCGGAGGCCGACACCAGCCACACUCUUCAGACUGACAGACCCGCCAUCACCAGAGGAAGAAAUUGGCCCUCACCAGUGGGUUCUGGGGGAAAAUGGAGCCUUGAAAGCCAAACUGGUUCACACGUCAACCUACCAGCCGCCCUCGCUUAAAGCCGUCCAGAGGAUGGCCCUGGCCCACCUGGCCUCCCUAGACUUGUCUUCUGUGGACAAAGAGGAGCCCUCUUCUGAGGAGGAGGAGGAGGAGGAGCGUGAGAGGGAGAGCCCGCAGACCACCUCAACUACAGAUCUAAGGGAAGAAAGCAAACCUCUCAGGGAACAGUGUGCUCCGCCGGACAGUUUGACAGGAAGGGCUGCACUCACCCGUCACCACGGAGACGAAGAGGGGGCCAAAGAAAGAGAGGAAGGAAAAGGCGAAUGACAAAAGAAUAGGGACAGAGUGUUUGUGUGGAACAGACUUGCAUCGCACCCAUAUGGGCCAUGUGUGUGUGUUAUUUGGGUCUGUGAGUGUGUGCAUGCAUGCGACAAAAGAGUUAAAUGUGGAAAAGGAGAGAGGGGAAAACAGACAUUGAGGAAGGUCAGAAUAUUAAUGAGCGGGUAUGAGGAAAAGUUUAACCUGAGACUUCAGUCGGCCGAGGAAGUCGGGGCUAAAUUCCUGUCGGCCAAGGACACUGCACAAGAAAUAUGAGAACUGAGAAGAACUGUGGCGUUUUUUAAGGUUUAACUGAAGUCUGAGACUUUUGGUAGUUUUUUUUAGAAAACUAUAUCCAUGUGUGAAGAAUCAGAUUUUGAAUCAUCUUCAUUCACAUCAAUCAUGCACAGGGCAUUUCACAUAGUGAUACUGGUGCUAAAACACACGUCUCAAGAACAAUUAGAACUAAUGUAUGGGUCUGGACCCACAAGUGGGUCGCGGGAGAUUUUAUUAGGGUCGCCGAAAUUUUUUUUUGCAGAACUUCUUCCAUAGUCAUUUAUAUCUGCAGUUCACCUUUGAGCCACAAGAGGGAGCCUGAAUGUUCGUAUUUUUCUGAUAAUUGUAGCCUACUUAUAACACUGAAUCUAACAUGAAAGGCUAGCGUAGAAUCUGUUUGUAUUACUGAUGAGUAAGGGUGUGAGAAAAUAUCAAUACACAAGUAUUGCGAUAAUAUGUGUUGUGAUACUGUAUUGAUUCUGCAAAACACUUUAUCGAUUUUUAAUUAACCUCUUAAA